AUGGAGGAAGCCCUGGUGUGGACGCUGUUGUCGCUGCUGCUACCGCACGAUGCAGGUACCCAAGAAUAUUCGUGCCCCGAGCCCUUGAAGAAUGUGAACUGGACCAUGGAGUUUCCAGACAAGUGCCUGAACUUCAGUAACCAGGACCUGGUCCUGCCCCAGAACCAGUCCCUACAGGCCAGCAAUGUGGUCCUCUUGGAUCUGUCGGCAAACAACCUGAGAGAGUUACCGCCGCUGUUCUUUAAGAACCUGAAUACACUGAAGAUCCUGAGUGUCAUGGGCAACCCACUGGACCACAUCGAUGGGACGCUGGCCCAACGCUGUGACUUGGAACUGAAGGCUGAUUGCGGCUGUGGCCUGGCAGCGUGGCAUGAAGUCUGGCGUGACAACUGCUCUGACCAGCUGCCCCUGAAAUGCCUGGACAUGACCAUGGGCACCUGGCGCAACCUCUCAGCCUUCCUGGAGGGCAGUUGUGCCCCUGGUCUGGCCCUAAGCACCAUCGGGGCAUUGGCAGCUGGUGGAUGCUUGCUCCUCGGGAUAGUCAUUGCUGGUCCUAUACUGGCCUGGAGGCUUUGCAAGCGCCAGGCGGCCAAUAGCCAUAGCCUGGGAAAAUCCCAGGCUUCCAAAGAAGAUCCCAGGCCUAACUCAGUCCGGCAACCACGGUAUAGCAGUCGGGCCUUUCACCCCAAGUCUCCAGUGGUUGCCUUGCCCAACCCCCACACUCCCCACUAUGAGAACAUGUUCCUAGGUCAACCAGCUGCUGGGUCCAGCUUCCAGGAGUUCCACUGUGACAGACAAGGGGGUCACUCUCCAGAUAAUGACUUCUACAUGAACUAUGAGGGCGUCAGCCAGCCCUCCCAGCCCAUCUAUGGCAACCUGACAUCGCUGGGAGAGGCCUCUCUGGACGAAGAGGACUAUGUGGUCCCCGGAUGCUGA